AUGGUCAUACCUGUGAGCCAGCACAAACUCAUCAAGAUUCGGCGAGCAAAUCGGGUCAGGCUCACUAAAUUAGCGCUGAUAUGCUCGGCGAUCGCGUGUGGGUGCAACAUUUUCGCGUCGUCAACAAAUCACUGGUUGUACACAUCAGAAGUUUUGAAGUAUUUCGUGUUCCCGAACCAAACUGCGAACAUUGAUGAUUUUUCCACAGCAACUGCGCCAGUCUAUUUCAAAAAUGCCACCAUUGGGCCGUGGUUAUUCUGCUGGGAAGAUCCAAUAACUCCAUUUAAUUGCUCUGAAGUUUUAUACUUGACCGAUGAAGAAGCUAGUGAUACAACAAGUUCAGUUCAACAAUCAGUUCGCCGCGCUUUUCUCUUCAUGCUGGUCGGAGUAAUUAUUGAUUUCUGUGGUCUUUUUGUUGCCAUUAUUUGCUAUUGUCUUCGAAAUCCUUACUCAUCAUUGCUCGUUUCAUCACUACUACAUAUCAAUUCAGGAAUUGCAAACUUCUCGUGUAUCAUUGUCUUCAUGUCAUCUGUUUCCAAGGAAGUUGGAUACAAGAUCCACGCUGCCAGUGAGAUGGACGAUCCGCUAUUCUAUAUGUCUUACGGAUUCUCCUUUUGGUUGCUAAAGGCCUCAUUCAUGUUGACUGAGAUGGCAGCAAUCUUUUCGAUAAUGGUUUAUAUGGCGAAACGGGACGAGCGAACAUUUAACAGAUACAAAAUUCGAACAACAUUUAAUUAUGUUAAGAAGCCAAAUGAAAUUGUUGAUUCGCGAAACCGCAGUCUUCUUCCGCCAGUUCCUAGGAAUUUUCGAUACAACCGAAGGACUGGAUCGAGUACCACAGAAUCACCACCUCCUGAACUUGAUUCAAUGGUACGUUCUCCUAUUGAAGGCCGAGUUCGUCAAGGUCUUCAAGGCAGUAUCUCGAUUCUGACAAGCUCGUUCUCUAUUUCUCCAGAUCAGGAGCAUUAUCACAAACAGCAUCAGCCGAAGAAAACGUAUGCUCAACCGCUUCGCCGAAUGGCAAUACCGGUCUCGCAACGAUAUCAAACUCCGUCACCUUAA